CUGUAUAUUUUUCUGUUCCUCAGCUUGUCGGUCCAAUUUCUUGGCUGUGGAGACGGGACGGCGAAGACCUUAAGCGAAAGAUCCUUCAUGGCGCCGGACCGCCGAUCUUGUAACUUUUAAUGUUCUGAUCCGCCGCUUAUAUUUUCCAACAUGGCUGCGCCGUUCUUCUCCACGCCGUUCCAGCCCUAUGUAUACCAGAGCCAACAAUCAGUGGUUACACCAUUUCAGAUUCUGGGUGGAGAAGCUCAGGUUCUUCAGAUUAUGCUGAAACCACAAGAGAAAGUGACCGCAAAACCUGGUACAAUGUGCUAUAUGUCUGGUUCUGUUCAAAUCAACAAUAUUUACUUUCCCGAGCAUGAAGGUGGUAUAUGGCAAUGGCUUUUUGGAAAGAGUGCCACAAGUAUAGUUUUUACCAAUGCUGGUCCAGAUGAUGGAUUUGUUGGAAUUUCAGCACCAUCUCCUGCAAGGAUACUUCCGAUAGAUUUGGCAAACUUUGGUGGGGAAAUUUUUUGCCAGCCAGAUGCCUUCCUUUGUUCCCUUAAUGAUGUUACAAUCAGUAAUGCAAUGGAUCAAAGAGCCCGGAACAUUGCAUCUGGUGUUGAGGUAAUUCUAAAACAAAAGCUGGUUGGUCAAGGGCUUGCUUUUCUUGUUGGUGGUGGUUCAGUUGUACAGAAAGUCCUUGAAGAUGGAGAAGUAGUGGUAGUUGAUGCUGCCUGUUUAGUUGCGAUGACAACUACCAUCAAUUCCCAAGUCAAAUACUCCCAUCCUGUCAGAAGAGCUGUCUUUGGGGGUGACUACCAGGUAACAGUUUCUCUAACGGGACCAGGCAUUGUCUUCAUUCAGAGUUUGCCUUUCCAUCGCCUCUCACAGCGCAUUGCUAGAGCGGUCACACCUCCAGGAAUGAGGGAGAAUCCAAAGUUCUUCAUUCAGAUAGCCAUCUUCUUCUUUCUUGCCUAUGUUAUGAUUGUAUCAUCCUUAAUCUUAACAGAUGUUUAGAGUUCAUUUCUUGUUUUUAUUCCAGUUUUUUCCUACAUUCAUUCCAAUCUGCGUCCUGCUACUGUGGAAAUAGAGGUUCUCUUAUAAUACAACCCAAGGUAAAGUAGAAAAUACUGUAGAAAUUCGCUUGUGUUUUUGAGGCAGACUCUGAAUUUUUUUCUCUUCCAAAUUUUAUUAACCAUUUAAAGACAUGUAAAGAUUGUCCAGCAUUGAUUUUUCCUACAAGUUUUUGCAGAGUUUUCAUGGUACC